AUGACCUUUUUGGGUCUCACUGUCGGAGUGAUCGUUUUGCUACGCGCACUAUUGCCAGAAAAACAAAAACUCGUCCCUGGUGUUCUGGUCGUGGGUGGAAGUGAUAGACAGAGCAUUAAGGCAAAUCGAGAGAGAUUUCGCCAAAAUGCCAAGGAGAUGCUUCAGGAAGGGUACAAAAGCGCCAAAGGCGACUUCUUUUACGUUCCAAGUCCACUUGGAGAACGUCUGAUGAUUCCCUCAAAAUACUUGGAAGAGCUCAAGACGGCCCCAAUCGACCAGGUAGACUUUGUUGCUACAUUCAUCGAGAUGUUUGAGGGCAAGUACACCACCAUGGGUAGUAGAUCGACCCUGCAUCCUCGCGUUGUUAAGGCGCAACUGAAUCAUCAUCUCGGCGACGUAAUGCCGGCAGUGCAGAAUGAAAUAGUUGACGCAUUUGAUGACACAUUUCCUGCUUGUGAAGAUUGGACGCCUGUUCCAGUCGUGCACACAUUGACGCAAAUUGUGGCAAGAGUCUCGAGUUGCAUGUUCGGCGGUACCACUCUAUCUCACAAUCGAGAGUGGGUGCAGUCAUCUAUUGACUUUGCCAUUGAUGGCUUCGUUGGCGCUCAGAAACUGAAAAGAUAUCCAGAGUUCCUGAAGCCAGUGGCAGCCCGUUUUAUUCCAGAGAUUGCCAAGAUUGCCAGACACUACGCGGCUGCAGAAGCUGCAGCUAUUCCACUGCUCGAGAGUCGUCUUCGGACCGGGGAUAAAGCUGAAGAUCUUCUGUAUUGGAUGGCCGAGCAGGCGAAAGGCGAAGAGCGUGACAUGGCAUUCUUGGCCAGUAUUCUCUUGAAAGUCAGCUUCGCUGCGAUACACACGAGUGCAGCUGCACCUGCGCAGCUCAUUUACGACUUAUGUGAACGUCCUGAAAUCAUUGAGACAUUGCGGGACGAAGUCGAGAGCCUUACUGACAGCGAUGGUUUGAUUACGAAAUCUGGCUUCCUGAAGAUGGUGAAGAUGGACAGCUUCAUGAAAGAGAGCCAAAGGUUCAAUCCUCUCCUUCUAAUCACAUUCGAAAGAGUGGUUCAUCAGCCGCUUACACUAUCCUCGGGUUUUACGAUUCCAGCUCAUACCACCAUUGGGAUACCAACACAAGCUAUCACCAUGGAUGAAUCCUUUUAUCCAGACCCCGAAACUUUUGAUGCGUUUCGCUUUGCCAGAAUGAGGGAAGAGCGCUCGGACAUGGAAGGUCGCGCACAGUAUGUCGCAUCGAAUCCGACAUCCUUGAGUUUUGGCUACGGGCGCCAUGCUUGUCCAGGACGCUUCUUUGCGGCUCAUGAGAUCAAGGCCAUAAUGGCCCAUCUGUUGAAGAACUACGAGAUGCGCUUUACACAUGGACAGGGACGCCCGCAGAGUGCACGAGCGGAGACACAAUAUCUACCGGACCCUUGGGCGACUGUCGAGUUCAAGAGGAGACUCUAG